CGGCCUCGUCGUCAUCGGGCAGCGGGUUCUUCUGCUCUCACUUGCCCAUGAUGGCCUGCAGGUCGUCAGCCGAGAGGUCCCACCCGGGCGGGACGUGGCCGCCGUCGUCACUGACCCCGAAGAGUGCGGGCAGCAAGCCCAGACACUCCUCAGGGUCGGUGAUGAGGUAGGACUCGGCCUGGACCUCCUCCGCACGAGGAGGGGCUGGAAGGCCAGGGAGAGAGAGAGGAGGGCCACCACGACCGUGAGAGAGCGGCAAGGCAUCCUUGCUCGCGAGGGGUCGAGAGUGUGCGGGUAGCGCGCGCGGGAGUUUGCGGGUGCGGAGGCGUGCGGGGGAAGGGAACCUGAAAUAACACCACACGACAUCGCAACGCAUAUAUGCAAAGAGAGGGCAGGAUGGAUGUGUCUGACCUCAUCCACGUCAUCGAGGUAGGUGGCCUUGUUGACCUCGCUCCGCUCGACCGUCGCCCUUGCCCUCUCCAACCAUUCCUCCCUAUGGUCCUCCUCGGCAGCAGCAGCGCCCGUGUCGUCGCGGUCACCUCGAUCAGAGCCCCGCAGCGCCUCCUCCUCCUCCUCCUGCUGAUCCAGCUCG